CCGCCCGCUGCCGCUCCCGGAGAGCGGGUGCCUGUCUCCCGCAGGGUGGGCACGCCGGUGCCCCGGCCGGGCCAGGCCAGGCGGCUCUCCUGCCGCACGGCCCCUCUCCGCGGGGAGCGGGGUACGCCGCACAGGCCGGCCGAAGCGGCGCUGCCCCUCGGCCGCAGCCCGGGCGCUGGAGCCCGGCGUGGGGCGGCCGGGGAGCCCCGCCCGCCGCAGGCGAGGCCGCGGCCCUGACUGGGCGCGGGGAGGCGGGAGGGGCGCGGCCGGCGCGGAGGAGGAGGCGGCGGCGGCGGCGGCAGUGGCGGAGAGGGGUGAGGAAGACAUGUUGUCUCCGCGGCGGAAAGGGCGCUGCGGGCGGUCCCCGCCGGCCCCCGAGAAAAGCCAGCGGUCCCCGGCGGCCCGGGAGCCCGGCGGCCCCGCUAUGGAGGAGGGCAGCGGCUUCCGCCUCUCGGCCGAGUGCCUGGACGAGCCGCCCAACAGCCGGGUCUUCGUGGUGCUGGGCAAGGACACGGGAGAGGCGCUGAUCCGGGAGCGCUUCGCCCCCUUCGGGGACAUCCAGAACAUCUGGCUCCUGCGGGACAAGCGCACCAACGAGUCCCGCGGCAUCGCCUUCAUCAAGUUCGCCCGCAGCUCGCAGGCCUGCCGGGCCAUGGAGGAGAUGCACGGCCGCAGCCUGGUCCCCGACACCAAGCCCAUCAAGGUAUUUAUUGCACAGUCAAGAGCUUCUGGAAGCCACCGAGAUGUUGAAGAUGAGGAGCUUACACGAAUCUUUGUUAUGAUACCGAAGUCCUAUACAGAGGAAGAUCUGCGAGAGAAGUUUAAGAUGUAUGGAGACAUUGAAUAUUGCAGCAUUAUUAAAAACAAGACUACUGGAGAAAGUAAAGGUUUGGGCUAUGUGAGGUAUUUAAAACCAUCGCAAGCUGCCCGAGCAAUUGAAGAGUGUGAUCGAAGCUACAGGGCUAUUUUGGCUGAACCUAAAAAUAAGUCAUCUGAGUCUUUUGAACAUGAUUAUUAUAGUAAUAACACGAGGCAAGAACCAAGAGGAAAUACACUUCCAUUUUGUGGGCAGCCGGAGUUUUGUAGUUUUGAAAAAAAUGAGACCAGAAUUCAAGAGUCAGUCUCCAAACGUCUGUCAGUGGUAUCACGGCUUCCCUUUAUCCAAGAGCAGCUGUUUGCCCUCUUUGAUCUAGUUCCAGGACUGGAGUAUUGUGAUGUUCAGCGAGAUCCUCAUACCAAUAGUGGGUACGCUGUGAUUCAGUACAGUACUGCUGCGUCAGCUAUAUAUGCCAAGUAUAAAUUACACGGUUUUGAGUAUCCUCCUGGAAAUCGAUUGACUGUCAUUUUCCUAGAAGAUGGGAGUGAUAGCUCAGACCUCAUCAGAAAAAUGGCAACACAGCUGGUAACAGCACAUGUGUCAUCAGUGUUGCGGAAUAACAAUGCCGUUGUUCAGCAGUAUAGGACACCUCCUCAGGCAUUUGGAGGAACUUCUGGCUCACAGUUACUUCAGCCCCAAACAGAUGCCAUACUUCCACCACACAAAAAAAAAGUUCCACCUGACACUUCCGUGAAGGAAAGGCUUUUCAUACUUUUCCAUCCCCAUCCUUUACCUGUAAAUGUAUUGGAGGAUGUGUUCUGUCGUUUUGGACACUUGAUAAAAGUUUACCUUGUGGCUGGAAAAAAUGUUGGCUAUGCAAAAUUUGCAGACAGAGCAAGUGCCAGUGAUGCCAUAACUGCGUUACAUGGCAAGAUUGUGAAUGGUGUCAGGCUUAAAGUAAGGUUGGCAGACUCGCCUACAGAAGAGUCCAACAAACGUCAGAGAACUUACUGAGCAAGAUACUCUUUGUGACCCAGGAGUUGCAAAGGCCAAAAAAGAUUUUGCUCACAGUGUUUUUUUCCUCCUUUUUUCAUAAGGACUUUCAUGUUGUUCUUUUGAUAAGCAGCAGUUACUAAAGAUGGCCUUAGUCUUUAUACACAACUUGCUUUUUAAAAAAAUGGAUUUCUACCGUUCUUUCUCAGCAUUGAAUUGUAGCUAAAACUCAUUUGAAACUCCUUUUUAAUCAGCAGCUCUGGUGAAUGCAAUUUUAAGUAACUUGUACCCAUGCUCUUAUCUUUGUACAAAGGUUUUGUUUGUUUUUAAUGUGACUUCCAAUAAUAAAAGGCCAGCCUCUUGGUCGCUACAGGAAAAACCGUGAUGUAAAGUGUAAUGUAAUACCAGGUCUUCCUUGACUACUUUUACUAGAAAAGUGUAGGUAUGGUAUGCAUACAAAAUUAGAAACAUGAUUUAUCCUUACUUUUUCUUUCUUUGUUUUUAAGAAAGAUAAGAGUGAGUAGACUGUGAGGUUCUCUUCUGAUUGUCACUCUAAAGCUGAUUUUUAUUUUUUUUAUUCACACAUAUGUGCACACCUACACACACACAUUUUUCCAGUGUGAUUUUUUUGAGAAGAUUCUUUAAGAUCUCCAGCUGACAAAAGGUGCAGUUGGUCACCAAAUCGGAUUUUCAAAAGGCUAAAACUUACUUUAUAUUUCAAAUUAUGGUUGAAAAUUCUAAUAUAUACCUCUUAUUGACUAUUUAGAAACCUGAACUCCUUUAUAAGGUGAGGGUAAGACAUACAGUUUUGCUGUUGUGCCAUUUUACCUGAUUAGAAAACUGGAGAAAUAAGGUCAUGUUUGAAGAAUAAUCUUUUUACACAUGCAAAAUUACAGUAGAGCUCUUUGUCCUUUCCAAGGUUAUUGCAUUUCUGUAAAUUUUCAAAUGAUAAAGAGUACUAGUUUUAGUUUAGAUGGACACCCUAAAUCUGUCUUGGGCAGAUUACUUGUAAUUCUGGUGCAAAUGACUACUGAGUAUUUCCCCUCUGAUUAGCCUUUCAUCUGCUGUGUCUGUGCAGUAACACAGGUAGAAGAGCUUUCUAAAUUUACUGUGUUACAUCUUGUUACAUCCUGUACAUCAGGUUCCUGAUUCCGAGUCUUCUAGCAGGUUGUGUUGUCUUAGCAUCUGUCUCUUCAUAGGACAGACAGACAAAAUUAUUUGCUCUCUUUUUGUCCUUUAGGUAGUUUCUCAAAUUCAAAUGAAAUGGUACAUAAAAAUAAAGAUUCCAUCUGUGCUCCUUUUUAAAAGGGCUUGCCGAUUUAAAUCAAGCUUACCACUGGGGACUCUGCAUUAGACUGACUGACAAGUUUUGCAGUAGUUCAGGGGCUUAUAUUUUGCUUUCAAUUAAAGCUUUAAAUUGUGCAUGUAAAAGGGGGUGGAAUUCUCUCUACCGCUGAAAUAGUAAUUUUUUUUUUUUUUUUAAGAUGUCAGAAUAUUAACUUUUGUUCUUUCUGAAUUUUGGCUGGAGGAAAUAAUCUUAGCUAAAAUUUCUGAGAGCUUUCACUUAAGGAAGUCUUAAAAAAAAAAAAAAUCCAUUCUAAAGUCCUGUUGUAUUGCUUGCUUUUUAUCUCUAACAAGGUGACUGGAUUUCUGCAAUUGUCCUUUCUAUGCAAGGUUCUCUGAUUUAAAAUCUGUGAUAAGAUCUGUGAAUUCAAUAGAAUCUAUAUGAAAAUAAAUUUAAUUCAAUUGACUAAUUCAACUUAAAUAAAAUAUUUAUUAUUUCAACACAGCUUUUAUCUGACUUUUUGAAGUUUUUUCCCAAUAAUAUUUUUCUUCUGUAAAUCAUCUUUUUUUUUAAAUAUAAUUUACAAAAUUGUUUCUUAAAAAAUGUUUUAUGGUAAUGGUAUGCUACUCUGAUAAUGCUCUUGCAAUGUAAACUUCUGAUCGUAAGAACAGUCUAUUACCUUACAACAACCUUUGUUUAUCAAGAGAAUUUGAAUACAUGUGUAUUAAUAUUCUAAACUAAUCCAUCCAAUGAAUUUUGCAGGCUCUGGCUCUCCUACAAGUCAAUGAAAAUUCAGUUGUUUUAUAUGAGUUGUUAAAAGUAGCAGAGAAGUGAUGGAAAUACAGACCAAUAAGGUUCUCUUAACUACUUUAAGUUCUAACGUAAGGUUGGUUUUUUGGGGGGGGUGAGGUUCUCCCCUUUACGCUAAGUAAGUAUUAAUGGUUGAAAUAGUCACUUUAAACUAUCUUGCUUUGAGUGGGUGUAGUCUUGAGAAGAGAACUAGUGUCUACUUCUAGGCAGUUUCUAAAAGCAGAAGCUAUCUUAAUGUUCUUGGUGUUGACCAGCUUGUGCUCUCUACUCAGGUUUUUGUAUUGCUUUGAGUAUUUCGUGAGAAUCUCACUGCAGUUGUCCGAUGCCUGUUGUGUAAAUUAUAUUACUCAAAAAUAGAAGAGGAAGGACAGAAUUUGGUAUCUUUCAGAAGAAUUUAUUGUGGAAUUCCAAUUAAUCUCUUCAUUGCAACCUAGUAGUUCUAUUUUAAUACACCCCCCCGC